UCAAAUGCAUUUGCAAUUGCAUCACAAUUGUUUGUUUUAGAGAGCAGCAUGUCUCACAUGGUUGUGCUAUUACUGGGUGAGAAACAAAGUGGUAAGAGCUCAGCAGGAAACACCAUCCUGGGCAGACAAGCCUUUCCCAAAGCAACAACUCGCAGCUCCAAGGAGACCGGCAACGUUUUGGGGAAACAGGUGACAAUCGUGGACACACCAGGGUGGUUGUCCCACUCCCCCACUCCAGAGAGGGUGUCUAAGGAGCUCCGCAGAGGCCUGGAUCUCUGCCGACCAGCACCACAUGCCAUACUGAUGGUGCUGCCCAUCACCUCUAACUUCAACCAGCAGAACUUAAGAGCCAUGGAGGUCCAACUCACAUUACUCCAUACACCCAUAUUGCAAAGAAGUAUUGUCCUCUUCACCUAUGGAGACAUGUUAGGUGACUCAUGAAUUUCAGCUUCUGUCUGAUAUCUUUGAAGUUACAGUGUGCGGGGUUA